AGUCGGUAUCGGUGUGGAACGAGAAAAGAGCAGUUCUCGUCCUCGCUCGUUUCAGGCGAAACCAGCUAUAAUUUAUUUAACGAAUAAUUUAUUGUGCUUCUUAUAUGUUAUCCAAAAUAACUUUCAAUUUCACCGGAUCGUGAAUAUUUGGUGAAUGAAUAGAGAUCAACUGACUAUUUUUAGUAAUAAAAGUGACUAUAUUUUCUAGUUUAGUGCUGUGACCUUGGUGGGAUCAAUACAAAACUAUUCACAAUUUAUUUCUAUUACUCAAGAGAGAUUUCAGUUGACUGUAGACAAAAAGACAGAUUAUUGAUUGUUUAUUAUUAUAGUGUAUUGUUUUUAAUACAUAAGAUAGGAAUCAUGGAUCAAGAGGACACUUAACUACUGAUAGAAGCUCUAGUUGAAUAAAUCGAAAUUGAACGAAGAAUCAAAGAACAAACAAAAUGCCUGCAGUGAUAUCUAAAUUUCUUGAAAAAGGCGAACAUACUUUCCACGCGAACAAAAAUGUUUUCUCAGGAGCACUUAUUGCAGUUGCUCUUUGCACCUAUGGAUACAAAAUCGGUUAUCCAUUGGUAUAUUCAUUCAUUCAUAAACCAAAAAAUAACUUAACUUUAAACAAUAAUCACAUAGUUCAAACGGAUGUAAGAAAGAACGGUAUAGUCAAGAACAAGAAACUGAAAGGAAGACUUAAAAAUAGUAUACCAAACUUCAAUUUAGCAUUUAUUUUACAAUUUAUUAAAUUAGUUAGGAUAAUGAUACCGAGUUUGUUUUGUACAGAAACUGUUCUACUAGGCGGCCAUACGAUGUUUUUAUUUUUAAGGACGUUUUUGAGUAUUUAUGUUGCCAACUUAGAGGGUGCUAUAGUAAAAUAUAUUGUGAUGAAGGAACCGAAAAAUUUUGUCAGGCAGUUGGGUAAAUGGUUUGCUGUGGCUAUUCCCGCUACUUUCAUCAACAGUAUGAUUAAAUAUUUGGAGAGUCGAAUAGCUUUAAGAUUCCGUACACGACUGGUUGACCAUUCGUAUAAAUUGUAUUUCAAUAACCAAAGUUACUAUAGGGUUACAGUUUUAGAUGGACGAUUAGACAAUUGUGCACAACGACUUACUGACGAUAUAGAAACUGUAGCGAACACUGUAUCCCAUCUAUACGGUCAAAUAACGAAACCAUGCUUCGAUAUACUCCUCAUGGCAAUAGCUUUAGCAAAUUUGGUAAAAACACGCCAUUCCAAUCUUUUGAUAGGACCUGUAUUCAUUUCUGGAGUGGUUUUGUUUUCAGCAUUAAUUUUAAGGUUGGUGUCUCCCAAGUUUGGUCAUUUGGUGGCACAGGAAGCUGAAAAGAAAGGCUAUUUACGACAUGUCCAUGGAAGAAUUGUUAGUAAUGCUGAAGAAAUAGCGUUCUAUGGAGGUCAUAAAGUAGAAGAAAGUCAAUUGAAGCAGGCUUUCAAAAUUUUGGCUAAACACAUGGAGCAUAUGUUUGGAGUGAAACUUUGGUUUGUGAUGUUAGAGCAGUUCCUCAUGAAAUACGUUUGGUCUGGAGCAGGUAUAAUAGUAGUAUCAUUACCUAUUCUCCUAGCUUCCAAUAAUAGACGUCAUGUUGCUAAGAAGAAUCUUCUUUCCAUUCCCAAAUUCUCUAGAGAUGACGAUACAUCUGCAGUCGAAGCCUCCAAUGAUCAAAUCGAAGACAGCGUCUCUGAAAGGACCCACUACUUCACAACUUCGAAAAAUCUUCUGAUCACCGGAUCCGAUGCCGUUGAACGUUUAAUGAGUAGUUAUAAACAUAUCGUUGAAUUAGCUGGACAUACUGCAAGAGUGGCAAAUAUGUUCGAGGUUUUAGAAGAAGCCAGUAAAGGAAUUUAUCAUAAAACUCUCGUUGCGAAAAAAGAGAAAUUUGUCGAUUUUGAGAUCGAAUUUAAUGGUGAUCAACCUGUGGCUAAAGGUAAAAUCAUCCAGUCGACUAACAACGAACUUGUAUUGAAAAAUGUUCCUAUCGUUACACCAAACUGUGACAUUGUAUGUCCAUCUUUAAGUUUCUCACUAGCACCUGGACAGCAUUUAUUAAUUACGGGUCCAAAUGGCUGUGGAAAAUCUAGUUUGUUUAGAAUAUUAAGCGGAUUAUGGCCUAUUUAUGGAGGUGAACUUCAUACACCUAAUAAUUCCAUGUUUUACAUUCCUCAAAGACCUUAUUUGGCGAUAGGUAAUUUGAGGGAUCAAGUAAUUUAUCCAGAUACUAGUGAAGAUAUGAAGAGAAAAGAAAUAACUGAAGAUCAUUUAUUGAAAAUAAUGACGAUGGUUCAUUUGGAUCAUAUUGUUGAAAGAGAUACCUUCCACGAAGUCAAGGAUUGGACCGAUAUUUUGUCUGGAGGCGAAAAACAAAGAAUGGCAAUAGCUAGGUUGUUUUACCACAAGCCUAAAUAUGCUCUCUUGGAUGAAUGCACUUCUGCAGUAUCGAUCGAUGUUGAAAGUUUUAUUUACCAGAGUGCCAUUGAUAUGGGAAUCACUCUUCUGACAAUCACACAUAGGCCUACAUUGUGUAAAUUCCACACUCAUAUUUUGCAAUUUGAUGGAACUGGAUCAUGGAAAUUCAGUAAAUUGAACCAUAGCAACAGGUUAAAUUUGAAGAAAGAAAAAGAAGAACUUUUGAAAACAAUAGACAAUGAAACACGAAAACAAAGACUCAACGAACUAAAUAAGUUACUUGGAGAAGAUGAUCCAUAAUAUUUUUACAUAAUCGAAUUGUGAUUUUAAUUGUAGUUUUGUUGUAAAAAUAUACUACAUUGAACCAUUCAAUAACGUUGUAGUAUCAUUGUAGCAUUCCGGUGAUAAUGCUGUGAUAAUUCCAAACAAUCUUUAAAUUAAGAUAUUGAAAUAAGACAAAAUUAAACAUUUGAUUACAUUAAAAGAAAUUAUUUGGUUGUCUAAUUUGAAAAAUGGUCAUCAAACUGAAUAAGAAAUAAACUGAAUAAGAAAUAAUUUACUUAGAAGUAUAUAGAAAUUUGAGUUUAUGAAAAGAAUUUUUAAUUUAACGUUAACUGUAAAAUUGGUUUUCCUUGCUGUUUCAUGAAAACAAAAAAAAUAUAGUGAUUAAAACUUAAUAUGUUUGAAAUUAAAACAGCAUAAUAUAUAUUUUUAAUUAAUCAUAAUUUAGUGUAAGACAUGUACAAUGUGAACAUGUUUCUUCAUACAAUAUUAAUUCAAAACCAAACAUCACGUAUGCUUUUUUAUUCGCGCUACAUACAGUGUGUUCCAAUAAUAGCUGUGAAUAUUUUGACUGGAGUAUCUUGGGCUUUGUUACAAAAUUGAACACUAUUUUGAUAAAAUGCUCUCUUAUAUACAUGUAUUAUACAAUAAAUUAUAUUUAUUAUGUGAUAUCACUUAGUGUUGACAAAUGAAAAGUGCAGGCUUACAAUCUUAAUAGAAGCAUUGCUAGAAAUUUUGUAUAACUAGGUAAUAAGUAAUACACACUAUUCGAUUCCAUUGAAAUAUUAACAAUUAUUAGAGAUCCACACAGUAUAAAUUUGAAAUGUGAUUUUGUUACAUGUUUAUCCAAAAAAGUUAUUUAUGUAAAAACUUAGUUACGUAUGUAUUUGUUGGAAAUAAAAUAUUUCAAAAAUUA